CGAUCAGUAGUUUUCGUAUCACUGUUGUCUUCCCCUUUCCUAUAAUGAUACGAAUAACAAGCGAUAUGUCUGCUAGUAAAAAAAAUAGAUAAUAGAAAAUAUCAUGUGAAGAGAACCGGUGCGUCGAAGCUUUAGACGAAUAUUUAAAGGAGACGAACCACUCACCUGGUUCUGCGUGGUCCUCGGCGGCCAGUGUCGGGCGGCGAGGCGAAGGGAGAGCUUGGUGACCGUGUCUUCGUGGCGGUCGCAUUGAUCCAGCGGCGAGGACUCUUGCGGAAGUAGAUUAAAGACAAUAAUGAAACACGAUACUGAAUGUGAUGAUUGGUGUAGAAAGUAUAUAUUGUUGAACAUCGUAGGAAAGAAAAAAAAAUACUAAUUACUAAUUAUAUAAUAUGAAAAUCACGUCGUAAAUUGCUAUUAGCAAGUAAGAAAAGCGAAUGUUAAAAUGAAAAAACAGUGACAAAGAAGACGGAAAUCCUUUACAAAGAUAGAACAACCGUUCUGUGUAAACCAAGCUAGACGAGAAACGCAUCUCUGCCACUCGGUUGUGAUAUGUUGACCCUCCCUCUCUCCCCCUCCGUGUGCCGAUAAAUUACGAUAACUUUUUCUACUCUUUUUUGUUAAUGGUCGUAUCCGAAGCCAGUACUUCCUCGUGAUGGGGAGGCUGUGGAGACUCCUGCGGUCGUGUCGGCUGCGGUGGAGCCUGGCGCUGGUCCUCUGCGUCGUGGGCGUCCUCAACCUCCUGCGUCCCUUCGACCAGGGAUCUAGGGUGACCUCCAGAAUCCUCAUGGAGCACAACUCCGGCAGCUCAAUGAGAGAGGGCGCACUUCCGCACCUGAGGACCCCGGUGGGCGAAGGCAGCACCAGGAGGAAAGUGAUCGUUUUGCCGCGGCUGCAGGGCCACGGGGAGAUGACCUCACCGCCCGCGGUCAAGAAGGAGCUAAGUCUCGGGGUCAAAGAGGAAGAGAACUCCGCCCGGGAGGUGCUCGACGGAGAGGUGGCAGGGAGGGACGGGGCGACGCUAGAGCAGAGGGACGGGGGCGGCGCAGCCAGAGCAGAGGGAGAAGACGUGACUGCGCUCAAGGGCGAAGGACACCCCGAAGACGCCAACGCCGCCCAUGAGAUUCACUCCGGCGAGCCAGAGAUCCAGCAGCCAGGGCAGAGGGUGGAGGAAGAGACGAAGGAUGAGGAAAAGACCCAGAAGGAGCAAGAAGACAUCGAGAUGAGCUUCCAUCAGCUCCCGCCGCAGCAGGGAGAAGACGUGGCAGCGAACUGGAGAAACUUGAGCGCUGAUGAGCUGGGCAGGCUGUCCGUGCUGGGGCGGCGGCUGUACCUAGGCGAGCGUACCGGCACGCCCAAGGCAAGGAACUUCACCAUCCUCAUGUGGAAGACAGGGCGCAGCGUGGAGAGGCGCUUCCUCAAGCAAUACGGCAAGGAAAAGAAGGACCCCUUUGCGCAUUGCUCUGUCAGAAACUGCGAAAUCACGUACGAGGACGCGGCCGCCAGCACCGCCGACGCCAUCCUGAUCCACCUGCACCGCACGAAGGGCCCGCAGGAGUUCCCCGCCCGCGCCAAAGCCUCGCAGCGCUGGAUCUGGCUGUCCGACGAGAGUCCGUAUCACACCUUCAUGGUCGCCAAGGACAAGGACCUCAGCCAUUACAACGGGUACUUCAACUGGUCCAUGUCCUUCAGGAUGGACAGCGACAUCCCCGUGCCCUACGGAAGGACCAUCAGACUCGCAGAAGGCGAAGAACCCAAAGAUCAAUUAGAUUAUUUCAGUACAAAAUCGAAGACCGUGGCCAUCAUGGGAUCCAACUGCGGCGGUUGGAAUAACAGGUGGAAGUAUGUGAAGGAACUCCAAAAAUACCUCAAGGUGGACGCCUACGGGAAGUGCGGGACUUUCAAAUGCCCGGGACACUUCACCAAGGACUGCACUGACCUCAACGAUUAUAAAUUUUACUUGGCCUUCGAGAACGGUGAUUGUCGAGAAUAUAUCACGGAAAAGGUCUGGUGGAAUGCCCUUGGCAAGGGAGCAGUCCCUGUGGUGAUGGGAGGACCUGUGGACUUCUACAGGAAGAUCCUACCUCCGAACUCCUUCUUGCACAUCGACGACUUCGAAACGCCCAGAGACCUCGCGAGGCAUAUGUUAGCGCUGGCCACAGAUCGCCAGGCCUACAACCGCCUUCACGCCUGGAGAUCGAAGUACCGGAUCGCCAACGAGCAUGGGUAUUUUGGAUCUCCGGUUUACCAUUACUGUCGGAUAUGCGAGGCCCUGAAUUACAACGAUCCGAAGCCAAAAGUCUAUAAUCGGAUGCAGGAAUUUUGGAAUAAACAGACGCAGUGUUUCCCGCCGACGUGGGAAGACCGGUUGAAAAGAACAGAGGGUUGAUCACGUGGUUUUGUGUAAGCUUUAUCAUCCUUCAUUCUGUGUCUACCGGUGUAUAUAUAUUUUUUAAAUUGUCUUUAUCCUCUUUUCUCAUAGUCUUCCUGUUAUCUUUUAUGUAGAGUAAUUCGCCGCUUCAGUGAUUCUAAGAAACUGAAUUAUCUCGAGCAGUGUUACCCAGCCAAAAAGUUCAGUCUGUAUAAUUAGAGUCUGUUCUCGUUGAGUGCAGACCCCCCCCCCCCCCACCCUCACUUCCAUGUUCGCCACUCCAGUUUCCACCCCCUGGUAUCUGAAACACACGACCCCCUAUCCACGAUUUGCUGCUUGGGAAUGAAGGGGGCUGCAAGACGGUAGAGAGAGUCACGGUCGAAACUCUUUGUCUGAGAUUCGAAUACCGUCUCGAGUGGCCAUAUCAUGUGAUCCUGGUUGUUUCAAUGCUCCAUUCACGACGCGACUUUUGUCCGUGACUACCUCAUUGCUAUUGUCGCCGUCACUGCCCAACUUCCCCAAAUGCAUCCAUUGCAUUCAAGUAUACUCCACCAUUUCACUCUCAAGAUGUACGACAUAUUUACAGUAUAGUUUUUUUUCUCUUUUUUGUAAGGAAGUCUCCACUCGGGAAAACAUUUCUCUUCACAUAUCAAAGUACCUUUACACACAGUAGUUUACCUUUAAAGAUGAGUAUAAUUUAACUGUAUAUUUUUACUCGUGACUUUAUGGUAACAGGUAAUAGGUAUGGGUGAUUAAAUAUUGAUAAUGAUACUAUUACUCUUGGUCACUAUAUUUUGGUAAGUGAACGAUGUACAUACGAUGCUUCGAUAUUCUCCAAUUCAAACCACUGUUUUUUUUAAACAUGGUCCGAGCAGUGUUAUUUCUGUCUUCUUUAUUUUCCCUCCUGAUUUCUUGGUUCAGGUUUGUUACACUGUAUACUGAAUCCGCCAAUGACUAGAUAAUAGUUAACGAAAAAUGCGCGUGUUAAAGUGGACAGAAAAUAUUUAUGAACGGUCGAACAUGUAACUGAAAACGGCAGUUAGCUGAAGUUAAAAAAAAAUCUCAAUAUCUGCAGAGUAAGUAGGACAAGAAGUGAAAUGUUUGAAAAUAAUUGCAAUGUGGAAUGAACUAGCCUGCAAUAUUUGUGUCGGUGUAAGGGGCGUAACGUCAUCCUUGAAACUACGAUAGUCCGCCUUCAUGAUUGACUAAUCUUUAUAUAUGUAAACUUGUUCCGUCGUAAUAGCAUAUUCCGUCAUUGUGUGUAUGUCUGUGUGUGUGCGCGCGCGUGUAUAUACAGUGUAUAUGUAUAUAUGAAUAUAUAUAUAUAUAU